GAGAGAGGGGAGGGUUCACCGUUCUCUGCCGGCUGCCCCUUCUCCUCUUGGAAAAGAAAGGGGAAUUUUACAUUUCUCGGGCUCUCCCCCCUUCCUCGUGACCUUGGGAGGCCGAAGCGGCGCCGGUGUUGAACAACUUCCUCGCGGGGAGGGAGCUCUCAGCUCCCGAGACAGCCCUUGUUUAUUUCUAACUGCGGGAGGCGAAGCUCCUUAUCACAGAGGUUUCAAAUUAGAGCACUUUCAUAAGCUUGAGCCGCGGGGUUGGGCAUGAAGGACUUGUAGAUUGUGCCAAGAGUGGACCUCAUCUGGUAAAACCCUUCCAGAAAGUCCCUUGACUGAUGUUAUUUUCAGAGUAUUUGCUUUCUGAUGAGCAAUGAUGAGAGGAUGCUCAUCAAAGCUAUUAGCUUUGUCCUGUGAAGGCUGUGAGAACUACUCAUAAAAUUUGUUUUUUUAAAAAAAAUGUUUUUUUCAAGUUGUCUCAGAUUUAGUGCCUCAACACUGCUAUUUCUAUUUUCGUGUUCUCUCCCUUAUUUUUUGUAAGAAAGAGAUGUUGUAGUUGAUUGUUAGCACUGCUCCCACUGCUGUUGUACCGCAUGUGCAUUUGAUUCCUCAUGUCCAGUCGCCAGGGUAGCAGACACAAAAACAAAUCAGAUGAGCUUUGCAGUAGUUUUUGGGGAUCCUUGAGAACAAAAGGUCCCAGAGAACCACAUCGUUUUCUUGAGAACAUAAUUUAUCAGUCUAGUCAAAAGCAGUGUGGGAGUUUGGGUUUAGGGUUUGCAGCUGUUUUAUUUAAAAAUCCACUUUCUGCAGAUUUAGAGGAGCUCGUGAUAUUGUAAAGAUGUUGAACAGUGUGACAACCUUUCAGUCAAACUAGGCUUUAUUUAUUUAUCCAUUUCACCUCCCUCUUUUAAUUAAAGGGCAUCCCUUUGUGGGAUUUAAUUUAAUUAAUUUGUGGGGUUGGAAUUGCCAGAACCUGUAGUCCUGGGUCAUAGUUGAGCCUUUUGGAGCCUUCCUGCCCAGGGAACAUGGAAGACAGCUUUGACUCUGUACUUCUUUUGGAUGUAGCAGAUGCAUUCAUAUUAAUCAGUUAUAUUUUGAACUUAUGAGCAUCCUGGUGUUGCCACAAUAUAAAUUUCAAUGCUUCAAAGGAACAUUACAGCAGAAUUACAUAAGUAUGUCCUAAAUAAGAGCCUCUAAACCAAAUGUCUUUUAUUUAGCUUUUUGAUGUGAAUUUUUCAUGUUUACUGUUUCCUCUGUCAGAGUUUCUUUCCUCUGUUAAGUCAGCUCCCAGUUUCUGAGUGCAAAAUAUUUGACAGUAUAUCCAAGGGGAGAGAAGCAUCUAGUGGUGCUGGUUCUGAGCAUAAGGAGCUUUGAGACUGGCUGAUUUCUCAGGAGCAGGAAUCAACAUUUCAACAGCUGAUGGACUUAGAGCUUCUGAAGAGGCUGCGCCAGGUCAACCAGGACCUUCUACAAAGGCUGAAAAUGAAGCAGGAAGAGAUCAGAAAGAGACUUCCCAGCAAGCAACUCCUUCCAGCAUCUCUUCAAGGCAGUACAGCUGCUGACAGAUGUGUCCCCUCGCCCAGGAGAGUGAAGGAAAAUCAGGUUGAUGCAGUAAAGUCUGCAGCUGAUCCUGGAAUAAUGGUGAUUGUGGAACCCAGAGCUGGCCCCAGUUCAUCUCUUAAACACACCAGCAGUGACAGAGGGCUACAGCAACAACAAACAAGGACACAGGAAGGAGCAGGUUUUGAUUCCAGCUUUCCUGGGAAAGAGAAGAAUGUUACACCAGUGCCUACAAUCGUUACGUGUGGCAGAGAAAUCUCCAGAGUAGAUGAGGAUGGCCAUGCUCAAGGAAGACCAGAGAAAGAAUCCUCCCUCCUGGGACCUGGAGAGAACAGAGAACAGUCUGCUCUGCCACAUGGUUCCCAUGAGAAAACUCAUCCAGGGCCAUCACUGAGCAGAGAGCAAAAUAAAAAGAGCAGUGAGCAGCACGUGGUCAUCGGAGAGCCCCAUGUCCCUACAUCAGUCCUGCUGACAUCUCAGUCCAAAGAGUUGAAGAAGGAAGCUUCUCAUGUGACUUCACAGCCUGACCCUGAAGAAGAUGCCCUAAGUGUCAGCAGCUGCUCUGCCCAUCCUUUCCUGGGCUAUGACUGGAUUGCAGGGCUCCUUGAUAUAAAGUCUUCAGUCACAGAAGAAUCUGAGCAAUACUUCACUGAGCUGCAGGAGUUCAGACAGUCCAACAGAGAAAGCUGUGUUCAUCAGCAGGACCUGGAGCCCAAGGCUCUGGAUUGCACAGGUCCUGAACAGGAACUGGAUUUGAUAACUGGUUCUCAUAAGUGUGUUUACUGUUACCGAUUAAACCAGCGCCUCUUCACCAUCCCUGUGGAUUCAGAAUCUGCCUGCCAUGUGUGUAAGAUGCCACGUACCCACCAGCCCUCAGGGACACCGGAAGAGCCAACCCAUGUCAGCAUUGCUUGGCUGGCUGGGAAAACAUGGUCCCUUCCAGCAACGCCCUGCUCAGCAGUUUGGAUCUGCGAGCCUCACUGGAAGAGAAGCCUUCUCCCUAUCCUGUGGUUCCUGUCCAGGGUGUCAGGAGAAGCCAGAACUGACAAGUUUCUACACCUGCCUCACUUGGCACACCUGAGGUUUAGCAGAGCAAACCAGGACCAAAGACAGCAGCUCUCAGUUCAGAGCCCAUUCCCUCCACACUCUGGACCACUGACUUGAUUGCCUUGGGAAAGGGAUGGGCACAGCACAUGGAAACAACUGAGAAACAAAGAUAUUUGGAUAAAAAUAAAUCUUUGGACUGAUUUUCCCCGGUUUUCAUAGUCAUGCAGUGAGCAGCCAAUAUACAGAUCUGAGUUUGUACAGUCCACUGUGUUCACUUUGCAUUUUUUGCCUUUUACAGCUACUUCUGAGCAGCUGCCUGAGCUGUCCCAGCUAGGGCUGGAUAAAGUCAUGUCCAGGAUCAGUAGAGCAUCUCCCACCUCAACUGAGUAACCAGCAGUGUAGCAUUAACUCUGAAUUAAUGGUGAGGAACUGGCCUGUGAAGGGCCUGGCUCAGUGCAGUGACACAAAUAUGUUUAUUUCCAAAUAUUUGAAACAUGACACACAAUUUUCUAGUGCCUUAAACUUGAGUUCUUCAAUAAUUUGUAAAAAUUUUUAAAGUCCAGUUUAUUCUCAGUGCAAUGUGUGUAGCUACAGAGUGUGUUACUUCAGAGUAACUUGGAAUGUGAAAAAACACCUUAAAGUAAAAUGAGAUUUUAUUCAUCAAUGAGCUAGAUAAUACCUUAAAAUCUUUGCAAAUUUUGCUUGUCUCUACUUUUCCAAGUUUUCUGGAGAUAAACCAAAAAAACAUUUUAGAACUUUUAAAUUGUACCAAACUAAACUACUUCAUAUAGAAUGUGAUUUGUUUAAACUUCGUGGACCAAUCUUAUUUUUCUUGUCUGGAAACAAUAAAACUGAUGUUUUGUUUUACUUUGAAUUUUCUGAAACAGAAAUUCCUGCCUCAAACAUGUUUUGGGGAGCUAACUUGAGAGAAUGAAUUUGGUUUG